CUCAAUUCUCACUUCCUCGAUAAUCGCUAGCUUGAGAAUUGACGAAAUGUCAUCUCUAAGCAGAGAGUUAGUUUUCUUAAUUCUCCAGUUCUUAGAUGAAGAAAAGUUCAAAGAAUCUGUUCACAAGCUUGAGCAAGAGUCGGGGUACUUUUUCAAUUUGAAGUACUUUGAAGAGAAGGCUUUGCUUGGGGAGUGGGACGAAGUGGAGAAGUAUCUUUCUGGUUUCACUAAGGUUGAUGAUAAUCGUUACUCGAUGAAAAUUUUCUUCGAGAUCAGGAAGCAAAAGUAUCUCGAAGCACUAGAUCGAAAUGAUAGGGCAAAAGCUGUUGAGAUAUUAGCAAAGGACUUGAAAGUUUUUGCAACAUUCAACGAGGAGCUUUACAAGGAAAUCACUCAGCUUCUAACUCUGGAGAAUUUUAGGGAAAAUGACCAGUUAUCGAAAUAUGGUGAUACCAAAUCAGCUAGGGGUAUUAUGCUUGGGGAGUUGAGAAAAUUGAUUGAGGCAAAUCCUCUGUUUAGAGAGAAGCUUGCUUUACCCACUUUCAAGGCUUCACGCCUGCGAACCUUGAUCAAUCAAAGCUUGAAUUGGCAACAUCAGCUAUGUAAAAACCCAAGGCCUAAUCCAGACAUCAAAACAUUGUUCACUGAUCACACUUGUUCACCACAAAAUGGAGCUCGUGCACCCACUCCUGUUCUUCCAGUUGGUGCUGUUGCAAAGCCUUCAACAUAUGCUCCUCUUGGGGUACAUGGUGGACCUUUUCAGCCUACUUCUGCUCCGGCUCCUAACGCAAAUGCUUUAGCUGGAUGGAUGGCAAACCCAAAUCCAUCUUCAUCAGUUCCUGGUGGUGUUGUGGCCUCUUCCCCAUUUCCUAUGCAGCCAAAUCAAGUUGCCAUGCUAAAACACCCUCGGCCACCCUCAAACUCCCUUGGAAUGAUGGAUUAUCAAAGUGCUGAUCAUGAGCAACUUAUGAAACGUUUACGGUCUGGACCAACUGGUGAUGAGGUCACAUAUCCUGCUCAUUCUCAGCCUACCGCCUCACUUGAUGACCUCCCUCGAAAUGUAGUGAGUACAAUGCGCCAAGGGUCAUUGGUGACAAGCAUGGAUUUUCAUCCUUCCCAUCAUACGUUGCUCACUGUUGGUUGUUCCAGCGGCGAAUUCACCUUGUGGGAAGUUGGAUCUAGAGAGAAGCUUUUCACAGAGCCUUUCAAGAUAUGGAAUAUGGCAGCUUGUUCUGUGAUCUUCCAGGGUUCUAUUGUCAAGGACCCAUCAGUAUCUGUCAGUCGUGUAUCAUGGAGUCCAGAUGGAAAUUUCAUUGGGGUUGCGUUUUCUAAACAUCUGAUCCAUAUAUAUUCUUACCAAGGGUCUGAAUUACAUAAAUUGAUAAAGGUCUGGGAUUUGAGUGGGAAGAAACUUUAUACCUUUGAAGGGCACGAGGCUCCAGUUUACUCCAUCUGCCCUCACCAGAAAGAAAAUAUCCAGUUUAUAUUCUCAACUGCUCUUGAUGGUAAGAUCAAGGCUUGGCUCUAUGAUAAUGUGGGUUCUAGAGUUGACUAUGAUGCACCAGGACAGUGGUGUACAACGAUGCUAUACAGUGCUGAUGGUAGCAGAUUAUUUUCUUGUGGAACAAGUAAAGAGGGAGAUUCUUUCCUGGUUGAGUGGAAUGAGAGUGAAGGUGCCAUAAAGAGGACAUAUUUGGGCUUUAGAAAGAAAUUUACAGGGGUGGUUCAGUUUGAUACAACACGCAACCGAUUCUUGGCUGUUGGUGAAGAUAACCAAGUAAAAUUCUGGGAUAUGGACAAUACUAAUAUCUUAACAACUGUGGAGGCUGAUGGAGGACUCCCGAUCCUUCCCCGAUUGAGAUUCAACAAGGAAGGAAACCUUCUUGCUGUUAGUACAGCUGAUAACGGUUUCAAAAUCCUUGCUAAUGGGGAUGGUCUGAGAACCUUAAGGGUCAUGGAAGCUCGUUCUUUCGAAGCAUCCAGAUCAUCGGCAGAUAUGAAGGUAUCCUCGUCUGCAAUGGUUACAAACAUUGGCCCAUCUAUUGGUAAAAUGGAACAAAUGGAUAUUGGCUCUCCUGCAAGGCCAACCCCUAUUCCUAACGGAGUUGAUGCAAUGUCAAGACCUAUGGAGAAUCCAAGACACGUGGAGUCUGUUGAAAAGUCCAAACCUUUGGAGCUCAUGGAAAUUGUUGAUCCUGCUCAGUGCCGACAAGUGACCAUGCCAGAUAGCAAGGAUUCGGUCAGCAAGGUUGCUCGGCUUCUUUAUACAAAUUCGGGUGUUGGUAUUUUGGCUCUUGGAACAAAUGGUGUCCAGAGACUAUGGAAGUGGAGCCGCAGCGAGCAAAAUCCAACAGGGAAGGCUACCGCUAGUGUCACUCCACAGCAUUGGCAGCCUAACAGUGGUCUCUUAAUGACAAAUGAUGUUCCGGAGAAUCCUGAGGGAACUGUGCCGUGCAUAGCCCUUUCUAAGAAUGACUCGUAUGUAAUGUCUGCUUGUGGUGGAAAGGUUUCACUUUUUAAUAUGAUGACAUUUAAGGUAAUGACUACUUUCAUGCCACCUCCUCCUGCUUCAACGUUCCUGGCAUUUCAUCCUCAAGAUAAUAACAUCAUUGCAAUUGGGAUGGAGGAUUCAACUAUUCAUAUUUACAACGUCAGGGUAGAUGAGGUGAAAACAAAAUUGAAAGGCCACCAAAAGCACAUCACUGGUUUAGCAUUCUCUGCCACUCUCAAUAUUCUGGUCUCCUCUGGUGCUGAUGCCCAGCUUUUCUUUUGGAGUGCUGACUCAUGGGAGAAGAAGAAAUCUUCAGCUAUCCAACUACCAGCUGGGAAGCCACCAGUAGGCGAUACUCGUGUCCAGUUCCACAACGACCAGGUCCAUUUACUGGUUUCUCAUGAGACACAGAUAGCCAUAUAUGACGGUUCAAAGAUGGAGUGCAUUCAGAAGUGGAUGCCACAAGAAUCACUCUCGUCAUCCAUAACCUGCGCAUCUUACUCCUGCAACAGUCAACUGGUUUACGCAUCAUUUGCAGAUGGAAACAUCGGAGUCUUCGAUGCUGAAUACUUGAGACUCAGAUGUCGCAUUGGCCCAUCAGCCUACAUGCCCCAACCUACACCAAACAGUGCUCCAAUCAUGCCAUUGGUAAUUACUGCUCAUCCUCAAGAACCGAACCAAAUAGCUGUUGGACUCUCUGAUGGAUCGGUUAAAGUUCUCGAAACCCCGGAACCUUUUAGAAGAUGGGGUGUAGUGGAGAAAGCAGGGACGGAAAACGGACGGCCUUCGAGUGCGUCGGUGGCUAAUAACUCUGGUUCAGAUCAGAUUCAAAGGUAAAAGGAAAAAGGAAGAAAAGAAAAAAUGACAAUUAAAAGUUAGUUGGGCUGCUUCUUUUGGUAGUGUAAAUCUGUAAUAGCUUUGGUCUUUUGUGUUGGACAAAGUAAAACUCUUUAGACUAAAAUCAGUACUCAGUAGCUGUAGUUUCCUUUUGGGUUAGUUUUAAUGAAUGCAUUUUCUCAAA